AUGGUCCCCCCGCCAGUCUCGCCCUCUCCGACCCGCUAUCUCCCUCUCCCCAACACCGUCGGCGUCGCCGUUACUCCAUCCCGCCUCACGCGCGGCGAUUCCGGUGCAUCUCUCCUCCAUUUCAUUUCUCCUCACCCCGACCCCGUCUCAAACCGCCGCAUAUUGGGGGCUGAAGAGCGAUAUCACCUUCGUCACCUCCAUCGCAACGAUCGCUGUUCCGCCACUUCGCCGUUGUCCACCUCCCCUGUCACCCCGCUUGGCGCCGAUUCAGAGCAUCUGGUUGGCUGGAGCAGGGAUUGA